CCACGCCACAGCAUCGCACUGCAGCACCGUAGAAUUCUCGAUGGUAGGGGACUGUGAAGUAUAGAAGCAGCUACUAAGUAGCUGCGGCUGCUCCUCGGCUCGUGUUGCCUAGUGGUUCGUAGAGUCGUCAACUUCGGCCGGCGUCACUGAAUCUCUCGAUUUGCUUUUUCCACGUCGAGCAAUUCGCGUCGGCAUAGUGUCGUAGUUGCGAGCGAAUGGUAUUAGUGGCCUCCAGUAGUCCGUGCUUUGUCCUCAGCGAUCCUGCUCCGAUCAUCAGCAUAAUCUUGUCGGCUCUUCGAAUUUUGUGGAGAAGCAGCAGCCUUACGUUCCUUUACAGCCGAUUAUUUCAUAAUUUUUUUUAGCGAGAUUGACGCGGAUAGUAGUGCAACAGGGGGCGUGGAUAGAGGGGGAGGCGAUCGGGGUUACGAAGGGAUUGUUUUUUCUUCGAUUUGCGGUAGCAGUAGCGAUUGAAGCAGAAUGCUUUGACAUCGACGGGUAGCAGUCGUAGAACAAACAGCUAGACGUGACGGCUGCGGUCCGGGUAGUAAACGAGGCUACAGGCGUCAGGGAGGCUGUAAGCUCCACGUUGCACGGGGCAAGCGGCACGCAGCAACAGGGACUGCGUUUGCUUUGUGAGAUUUUUUUUAGAGCAGCGGCGGAUUAGGGACGGCGCAGAAGGGCGGCGGGAUGCAGGGGGAGGAGCAGCCGCGGUGGCAGCACGCGUCCCCCCCGCAGUGGCGCCAAGACGCGCGCGGCGAGCCGAGCGCGGGGGACGAGAGCGACAGGGACCGCGACACGGACAGGGACACGGACCGCGAUACGGACAGAGAGUCGGAGUUCGAGCGCGACCGGGAAGCGGGGGAUAGCGACCGGCUAAGCGGAGGGGAGGGGCUGGUCAGGCGGAGAGUUGCGGGCUCGCGCCUGGCGCAAGAGAUUCUCUCCCCGAGGAGUCGCUCGCGGGGGGGCGGGGAAACAAGCGGGGCGGGGGGAGGGGAAGAGGCGCAGUGGCAUGGAGACGGGGAGGGCGGGGGGGGAAAGGACGGGGUCGGGGCUGGCGGGGGAACGGGCGCAGCGGAAGCGCAGCCGCCUCUGUUGAUGAACGAUAAGCGGAAGUACGUGGGGAUGUGGACGCGCGUUCGGUCGAGCGUGUGGAUGAUCGGCGGGUUCGCGGUGAUCGUGUACAUGGGCCACGUGUACAUCUGGGCGCUCAUCAUCGCGCUCCAGAUCCUCAUGACGCACGAGCUCUUUGGAUUGGCUACUCGCGCGAUUCGGUCGCGGUCGCACCAGCAGCACGCCGCGUUCCGGUUCUUAAACUGGCACUUCUUCGUGACGGCGAUGGUGUACGUGUACGGCAGCUUCAUGCGGCGGCAGCUGAUGGUGUCGUUCACGUCGGACGACACGCGCCCGCUGCACCGCCACGUGCUCAUCUCCUUCCUGCAGUACCACGCCAUCAUCUCCUACUCGCUCUACAUCAUAGGGUUCGUGUGGUUCAUUCUGAGUCUGCGGCCGGGGCAAUACAAGUACCAGUUCGGGCAGUUCGCGUGGACGCACAUGAUCCUCUUCGUCGUCUUCUUCCAGUCCUCCUUCUUCGUCGCCAACAUCUUCCAGGGCAUCAUCUGGUUCCUGCUGCCGUGUUCGCUGAUCAUCAUCAACGACUGCUCGGCGUACGUGUUUGGGUUCUUCUUCGGCCGCACGCCGCUCAUCCAGCUGUCGCCCAAGAAGACCUGGGAGGGCUUCCUGGGGGCCUCCAUCACCACCGUCGUCUCCGCCUUCCUCCUCGCAGGCUUCCUGGGGCAGUACGAGUGGCUCACAUGCCCGCGCAAGGAUCUGAGCACGGGGCCGCUGCACUGCCGCCCGGACUUCAUGUUUCAGCAGCAGCUGCGCACAGUGCCCCUCUGGCUGCGCAUCAUUGCCCCCUCGGGCCACAUGUGGAUGUCGUCGUUUCAGCGGCACGCGGUGGUGUUUGCCAUCUUUGCAUCCUCCAUCGCGCCCUUUGGGGGAUUCUUCGCCUCGGGCUUCAAGCGCGCAUUCAAGAUCAAGGACUUUGGGGAGAUGAUUCCGGGCCAUGGAGGCAUCACAGACCGAAUGGACUGCCAGAUGGUGAUGGCGGUGUUCUCCUUCAUCUACUACCAGUCCUUCAUCUCGCCGCACACCGUCACCGUCGAAAGCCUGCUCUCCCAGGUGAUGUCGAUGGAGCUGGAGCAGGUGCAGGAGGUGUAUGUGCGCACGGGCAACUUUCUCCUGGGCAAGGGCGUGGACCUCGCUCAACUGCACACCUCCGACCCACAGCUCUGGGGAUAGGGACAAACUCUCGCGUGCGGCUGUGGCUGGGUCUGUUGGCUCCGUUGGCUCCAUUGCAGUGACCUGACCAGCUCCCUGCGGACACCUGCGCUGCGCUGCUCACUCACUGCCUUGUCUACACCUUCUCUCCCUGCAAUUUCCUUGUAGUGCGCGGCUGAGCGCCCUUUGUUCUUUAGCUGACUGACUCUUUGGCUGCCGUGUUGUGUAGACAUGUGAUUAGGCCAGCCGGAGAUUGACACACAGAUUUGGUUUGUUCCAGUUACCUGUACGCUUUACUGUGUGGCUUUCUCUUCUCUUCCUUGGAUGCUUUGCCGGCUGCGGCGAGCAAGCAAGGAGUGUGCCUGCCAGAGGCACUGGCUCCUUGGCAAUGCAGCCCCUUAGAUAUGUCGGUGAGAAUUCGGCACGCUAAAGUCUCUGGCCACUCGUUUAACAUGUUCAUGCAUGGGAGCAGAAAUGGAUUCCUCUCAAGUUUCUGGAGUCACAGAGGUGGUUGCGAGGCCUUGUGUACACCAAUUGGUGCAU